AGCAGCGCGAGCCGAGUAAACUUGCACAUGAUAGUCAGUCGGGGUGUCGUGGUGACUAAUGAGUGCCAUCUGGUGCUGGGCAAUCACAACAACGGCCAUGGCCACCCGUGUGCAAGCACUAGCUCUUCUCCCCCUGUUCCUCCUCUUCUCCCCUGCGCCCGCAGCUGAUAGUAUCAGCGCAACCUCUCCCGUCGCCGAUGGCCAGACGCUCGUUUCUCCCGGUGGGGUCUUCGAGCUUGGGUUCUUCACCCCGCCGGCCUCGACGGCGAGGUUCUUGGGCAUCUGGUACAAGGGUAUCGCUCCUCUUACUGUUGUCUGGGUGGCCAACCGGGAAGCUCCCAUCACCGGCACCACCGCGAGCUUGGCCAUCAACGGCACCGGCAGCCUGGUUCUUGCCGACCGGUCAGGGCUCGCGUUCUGGUCGUCGGCGCCGUCAAACGUAACCAGCAGCACCCCGGUGGCCCAGCUCCUGGACAGCGGCAACUUCUUGCUUCAGGACUCCAACGGCACGGGGCCGGUUCUGUGGCAGAGCUUCGACUACCCGUCCGACACUCUGCUCCCGGGCAUGAAGCUCGGGUGGCACCUCACCACGGGGCUCGACCGAUACCUGACGACUUGGGCGAGCCCCGGCGACCCGUCGCUUGGCGGCUACACGUUCGCGAUCGACAUCCGCGGCGUGCCGGAGGGGUUCAUCAGGUACAACGGCACGGCGCCGGUGUACCGGAACGGGCCAUGGAACGGCCUGCGGUUCAGCGGCGAGCCGGAGAUGGCGCCGGACAACGGCAACUUCCGGUUCGAGUUCGUGGCCAACGGCACCAACGUUUACUACACGUUCCUGGUAGACGGCGGCGGCGGCGGGGACGUGGUCUCGAGGUUCGUGCUGAACCAGUCGAGCCUGCAGCGCUACGUGUGGCUGCAGCAGCAGCAGGCGUGGAGCCUCUACUGGUCGCUGCCCCGGGACCAGUGCGACCGCUACGCGCAGUGCGGCGCCUACGGCGUCUGCGACGCCAGCGCCUCGCCGAUGUGCGGCUGCCCCGCCGGGUUCGCGCCGGCCUCGCCGCGGGAGUGGGCGCUGAGGGACGGCUCGGCCGGGUGCGCGCGCAGGACGCGGCUCAACUGCACCGGGGACGGCUUCCUGCCGCUGCGGGGCGUCAAGCUGCCCGACGCCACCAACGCGACGGCGGACGCCAGCGUCAGCCUCGAUCAGUGCCGGCAGCGGUGCCUGGCGAACUGUUCUUGCCUGGCGUACUCUGCGUCGAGCAUCAAGGGUGGCGAGAGCGGCUGCAUCAUGUGGAGCUCGUCGCUGAUCGACGUCCGGCAGUUUGAAUCCGGCGGGCAGAAUCUGUUUGUUCGUCUCGCGGCAUCCGAUUUACCUUCCAAUGGAGACAAUCCCAGCAGGAGAAACACAGCACUUGCUAUUGGCCUCAGCUUAUCCGGUCUUCUUCUUUUCGGCCUCGGCGUAUUCUUUAUGUGGACCAAGUUCUUCAGAAGAAAAGGGAGGUACCAGAGCACACGACGGCUCACCUCAUUCGACUCGAGCAACCCUCUCGCUCCAGUCCAAGAUAGGAGCAUGGAAGACGAGUCGAGCCAGAGCAAAGGACUACAUGAUGUCACUCUCUUUGACAUGGCCGCGAUUGCCUCUUCCACCGACAACUUCGCGGCGUCGGCCAAGCUCGGCGAAGGCGGUUUCGGCGCGGUCUACAAGGGUGAGCUUGGGGGAGGGCAGAAGGUGGCGGUGAAACGGCUGUCCAAGUACUCGACGCAGGGCCUGGACGAGUUCAAGAACGAGGUGGUGCUCAUCGCCAAGCUCCAGCACGUGAACCUCGUCAGGCUCUUGGGUUGCUGCGUCCAUGGAGAGGAGAGGAUCCUGGUGUACGAGUACAUGGAGAACAAGAGCCUGGACACGCUGCUCUUCGAUAAGGCUCGAUCGGCGCAACUGGACUGGCCGAAGCGGUUUGACAUCGUACUGGGCGUCGCACGGGGGCUCCUGUACCUGCACCAGGACUCGAGGUUCAAGGUCAUCCACCGGGACCUCAAGGCCGGCAACGUCCUCCUCGACGGCGACAUGAACCCCAAGAUCUCCGACUUCGGCGUAGCCAGGAUCUUCGGUGGCGACGACGCCGACUCACACACCCGAAGGGUCGUCGGGACAUACGGGUACAUGUCCCCCGAGUACGCCAUGGACGGCGUCUUCUCGGUCAAGUCCGACGUGUUCAGCUUCGGCGUGCUGGUGCUGGAGGUCGUCAGCGGCAGGAAGAACCGGGGAAUGUGCGGCAGCGGCGAGCAGACGAGCCUGCUCAGCCACGCAUGGAAGCUGUGGAGGGAGGGCAACGCGCUGGCGCUGCUAGACGAGGUGGUGGCCGGCGGCGGCGGCGACCGGGAGUCGGAGGAGGUGCUGCGGUGCGUGCAGGUCGGGCUGCUGUGCGUGCAGGAACGGGCGGAGGACCGGCCGCACAUGGCCACGGUGUUCCUGAUGCUGGCCAACCUGAGCGCGGUGAUGCCACAGCCGAGGCACCCGGGCUACUGCAGCGACCGGGGAUCAACCUCCACCGACGGCGACUGCUCGUUGAGCUGCACCGCUAAUGAAAUCACCCUCACCGUCGUCGAGGGCCGGUGACACCACGGUGCAUUCGGUUAGCUUAAAAACUGGUUCCGUAAGUACGGUUUUGAUACUUCGGUAAUUAGCAAAUAUUUGGUUCCACUGUGCUAUAUACUACUAGCAAAUAUUUAGGAUGAUUAUACCAUAUUUUUUUGAGCCGAUGUAUCUCUACUCCUAAUGUCUCAGUUGGUAGUCUCCGUUUCGGGUUUAUUUUCGUCCCAUCAACACCGGUUUAUUUUCGUCCUCCGUUUCGGGUCUUUUUUUCGUCCCACCUCCCACCUUCGCUUGGUUUUGUUUCGUCGUUCUUUUUUCGUCCGGUUCUUUUCCCCCGCAGCAGCGGUCUUUUUUCAAUAGAGAUACUACACGACAUGCAACGCCACCCAGCUCGAUCUAGAUCUCGGCGGCGGCGGCGGCGGCUCCUCCCUCUAUUCGCGCACCGACGGAUCCCCCGGAGCCCUCCCCACCUCCUCCCUUCUCAGCGCCCAUAUCACUACCCCUAUGGUGAUUCGAGCCGUAGUGGAGGUGACGGAAGUCCGACGGCGUCGGCUUGCCAGAGAUGAAGAGGACAACCCAGUGCUGCGGUACUUGGGAGGAGGAAUUGGCGACGGAGGUGGCUCCACCUAGAUGUCGCCGACCGCCCACCGGAAGGAAUCGAAGCGGGACGAUGUGGUUCACUGGCCAACGCGGGGCAGGAGGCGGCCAUGGCGUUCCCGGCCGUGGCGGUGUUUCUCGAUCCGAAGAGGAGACGUCCUCCAAUCAGCUCCGCCCUCUCCCCCGCCGGCUUCGCCCUCCACUCACCUUCUUUCCUUAAAGCGGGGAGGCCCCAGAUUGAGUCGAGCAAGUCAGCAGGCCGGCGGCCAGAUCCGCCACAGCCACAUCUUGUUGAGAUGGGUCGCACCGGGAGAGGUAGAUCGAGGGGGCGGACACCGGUGUUGGGUGUCCGAGGACUGGUGUGGCAGCCGGCGGUUUGAUUCCGUGGUGGAGGAGGCCUUGACCAUGGUCGGGGCAUCCGCUUGAUCUCACGCCUCCCCUGGCCACCGCCACCGCUCGAUUCCAUGCCUCCACCAGCCGCCGCCGUUUGAGCACACGGUCGCGAGAAUGGGAGACGAUUCUGACGGGCGUAUGAGCCAUCAUCCUCCAGUCAGCAUCAUGGACGGUACUAGAUGCAGCAGCGGGACCUUACCCCUGCUCUCGGCUAUGAGACGCCUGGUGAUGUAUCAAAUUCUGUCCUGCAAAAUAAAGGAGCGCUGAGGAUGAUGGUUUUCAUGUUGCCUUGGAUCAUGCUGGUUCGGUAGUGGCCUCUAAUAUGUCAGGUAAGAUCUUGGGGUAUUAUAUUCUCUGAUUCUCCAUUAGAUUGUCGGCUCAUUGCAGGAUUUGUCUUGUUGUGUUGGGUUAGUUGUGAUGCGUGUCGCCUAUAGGGAUACUCUGUGGCCGCGGGCCAUGCGUGUGCCUAUGCAUGCUAGGUAAUAUUUGUGUUCAUCCAUGCAAGAGGAAAGUAACUUAAUAGUUUGAAAUAAAAAUGAUUCCGAGAAUAUUCGGUCAUGGUGCAGUAUUCUUAGGCUAACUUAUUAUUUCUUGUAGAAGCUAGAAAGAUAUGUCUAGAUAAUAAAUGUACAUAAAAUUUGGUACGUAUAGUUUCAAUCAUUUGCAUUUCACUUUCAGUUAUGUGUAGGUUUCUAGCAUGCCUUUAUUCGAGGUCUUUGCCAAGUGGUGUGUGGCUGAAUUAGAUGGCAGUUGUUCCAUCGGUUGUUGCUGGUCAUAUAGAGUUUACCUUUGAUUUCCUAUAUGGUGUACUUGGGUCCAGUUCUCUUCAGAAAAUUUGAUGUAGUUUUCUACAAUAAUUAGCCUGAUUGGUAUUAUUUGGUGACCUAUGAAGUUGUAUAGCUAUCUUGUAGAAGGAACCAGUAAUCUGCCAAAAGUAGAGCCAUGAUAACUGCAUUCAGUGAAGACUGUAUUACAAGAAUUUUCGAUCAAUAAUAAAACCAUGGUUUUCAGUAGUGCUUGUACAAUGAAAAGGGAUAGUCCCAAGAUUCAAGUUUGUUCACCAGAGUGGCUUUUUGAUUAGUUUUUGCUUUUGUUUCAAGUGCCAAUCGAGGAACCAUGGCAAGUACAAGCUUUAUGCUACCAUGAGGGUAAAUUCUGCAUCACUUAUUAAUCUUUGCUAUACAUUGAAGAUGCAAAAAAAGAAAAGAAAUAGAUGGUCCCCAAUAUAGUUGUCCGGGGACAAUGAACAAAGGGUAUCUCUUCAUGAAAUGUAUGGUACUUCCAUCAUGGAGGUGCCGUCUUGCCCCUGCAGACCUAUCAUCUUGCCUGGAGGUGCGGGCUGACAAUCAUGGGGAAGUAAUAAGUGUAGUGGCCAUCGACCGGGGGCGGGGAGAAGAUGAUUGGAACUUUUUGGGAUGACAAAAUUUGAGAGAGAGGAGAUGGUACUGCUCCUGAUUGUUGCUGAUGAUGUCUACGGGAGAGAGAUUGGGAACGCGAUUUGUCAUAUGCAUAUCAAUGUAUAGCUACCAACGGACUGCUCUGAAUUUCUGGUAGUUAUCGAAGGAUAGAGGAUUAUUCAGUGAUUGAACCACCCAA